AUGUCAUUCUAUGAAUGUAUGAAUGUGUACGUCGAAAGCGGAGAUGAUGGAGAUCCGGCGGAAGAACUCUCGAAGUACAACCAAACUUCGGCCCUGGUGCAAGUGCAAAUCUCGGCGACUCUGUCGUUUUCCUGGCGUCAAUACCGUAGGGCAACGACGAGGCGAUCCAUCCCACACGCCAGCCACAAGGCAACGACCAACGAAAUACUCGCGGGUCAUCAGGUGCUUUCGGAGGAGACGGCCGCUGCCGGGGGCACGCCGUGCUGCAGGCGAGAAGACGACCUUAAGCCCGGCGGCCACGGCGGCUUGACAAAACAUCGCUUUCUAGACCAACACAAACGGCUCAAGGUGCCAAAAGGCAUGAUGGCGAUGGGCGUCCGCAGCAAGGACAGAGGGCCAACCAGCGGCGGUGCGUCCAGAGCAACCUCGACCACUUCAACAGCGAACAACAACAACGGCACUCAUCAACAAGAAACGGCACCGAAGAGAAGCGCGGCCACCGAGUUCAUCGGCGUCAUUCGGGCCCUGCUCUGGCUCUCCCCAUCUCCCCGCCACGCUGCUCCAGCUCCGGCGGCGGCGGCAGCACCGAUGGCAUCGGCGACCACCGCGGGAAUGGCGGCGAUUGCCCACGCCAACGAGGUGAAGAUGGCGGAAAUCGAUGCCGACAAACCACGAAAGCGACGGCAGUGGCGACCACGGACGGCCUUGGAUGUCAGCGGACACUCCUUCACCAAGCCGGUGCAGGCAAAGAUUGAACGCACCAAGUGCCUGCAACGGCAACCGGCGGCGGUGCCCGAGUCCUCCGAUGUUUCAACCGCAUCUUAUUCCCCCGCGCUCGUAUCCCAGAAGCCGACGUUUUGGGACUUCCAGGAGGGCCGCACGGAAGAUGACACCCACCACCCGGGUGGUGGGCGCUGGUGGACGCAACGAGAAAGAGGAGAAGCAGUGUCAGACGAACACCCGUCGUCGCUGCGUUCAGUGCGCGCUUGCUCCUCCGCCUCGACGUUGCCUCCGUCUCCUGUGGGGGGCACCGCCGCCGCCGCCGCCGCCGGUCCCCCCGAUGCUGCUCCUAACCAACCGCGAUCGGAGCUACCUCCCCUCGCUCCCAAGAAUGGGCGCAGGAAUUAUUGCAGCCGCAGGAGGUGUUCGCGGCAGUUACCGAGGAGCGUGUACGUCGUGUGAGGCUUGGUCGGGAUUGUCGCUGAAGCUUUGGUUGUAGAUGUGGUACGCAUACAAAAUAUAGUGGAAAUCGACGUUAGUCGGCGUUAUCGUUGUUUUUUUCCUUCCACCAUCGGCUUGGAUGACGGUGCCGUUCCUAAGAUACACUACUAUUACUACUAUACAAUAUUCAGGAGCACAGUCAGAAGUUGUUUUUCGUAUCGGUCGCUUCAUUUUUUGUUGCAUUUUUGCAGUACCCGCUUAGUUCUUUUGUGGUUCGACUCGUUGUGUGAGCUUGGCAAGGUUCCGUCACUUCGACAGUUCAUUGCUCGUGGGGGCAGUACGUCAGUGCAAGCAGACAGUCAGUCCAGUCUGCCUGUAGUGAGAUGGGGGUUAGAGGCACGCGAGGCACCUGGCUGGCCUGAUCGCGUUCCGACCAUUCACUAAUUAUUUUUAUACUCCUCUUACCUUUGCCAUGUGUAAUGUUUGUGUGUGUGCGUGCUUAUAACCAGAUACAAACCCGGAAACUUCCCCUCUCCUUGUGGCUCCACAUGUCGGGGAAAUAUAAUAGAGUAAACCAGGGUAUUAACGAACACCCCCCCUUUAACGAACACUUGUUUCAAAUGCACGUCCCUCGGCGCACAAUGCGCGGAGCCCCCCAAUUUUUUUUUUGAAAUCUUCAGCUUUCCGUUAGCUUUCGUU